AUGCAUUGGUGUUUUGCUUUCAUUCUUCUUUUUACUGCUUGUCUUAUUCAUUUAUUUAUUUGUCCAUAUACAAAAGUUGAAGAAAGUUUUAAUUUACAAGCUAUUCAUGAUCUUCUUAUUCAUCGUUUUAAUAUAUCAAAUUAUGAUCAUUUAGAAUUUCCGGGAGUCGUACCUCGAACAUUUCUUGGACCAAUAUUUAUUGCAAUAUUAACUUGGCCUUUUUCAAAUAUUUCAUUCGAUUAUCUUCUUUAUUUACAAUAUAUUGUUCGAAUUAUUCUUGGUAUACUAGUUAUAUCAGGUUUAACACAUAUAUAUAAAUCAUUAAAAGGUUAUUGUGAUUUAUCAACAAGACGUUGGUGGUUAAUUAUAACAUUAACACAAUUUCAUUUGUUAUUUUAUUCAACAAGAACAUUACCAAAUAUAUUUGCACUUGUUAUUGUUUUACAUUCAUUAGCAUUUUGGCUUUCUAAACGAGCAAAAUCACUUGUAUGGACAUCAGCUUUUGCAAUACUUGUUUUUCGUUCAGAACUUGUUAUUUUAUUGGGUUUAAUUUUGUUACAAGAAGUUUUUAUUAAACGACGUUUAGCUUUUAAAAAAACUUUAAUUCAUGGAUUAAUUGCAAGUAGCUUAGCAAUUGGAUUAAGUGUGCUUGUUGACAGUUGGUUUUGGCAACAUUGGUUAUGGCCCGAAGGCGAAGUGCUCUAUUUUAAUACAAUUCUCAAUAAAAGUUCACAUUGGGGUACAUUUCCUUUUUUAUGGUAUUUCUAUUCGGCAUUACCACGAGCACUUGGUGCAACAUUUAUUCUUUUACCAAUAGGUUUAAUUAUAAAUAAAAAUAUUCGUUCGAUUGUAUUGCCAAAUAUUUUAUUCAUAAUAAUCUAUUCAAUUUUACCGCAUAAAGAACUUCGAUUUAUUAUCUAUACGUUUCCUAUUUUGAAUAUACCUAUUGCUCAAGCAUGUUCAUAUCAAAUGAGAAAACGUUGGUCAAUUAUCCUUAAAUUAUUUGUUUUGAGUUUAUUAACAAUUAAUUUUGUUCAAACAAGUGUUUCAUUGAGUGCUUCACAUUAUAACUAUCCCGGAGCAAAUGCUUUAUUAAAAUUGCAUACAUAUAGAAAAUAUCAACCAACGGCUACAGUUCAUAUUGAUGUUUAUUCAGCUGAAAAUGGAAUAUCUCGUUUUCUUGAAAUGAAAUCUUGGAUUUAUAAUAAAACAGAAAAUUUAACUAUUGAUGAAUUAUCUCAUUUUGAUUAUUUAUUAGUUGAAUCAACAAGUGAUGAAGAUAUUCGAUUAAAUCCAUAUUUAUCUCGUAAUCUACAAAUUAUUGAUUUUGUUCGUGGAUUUAAUGGAUUUUAUAUUGAUAAACAAUUUUUAUUACGAAUGCGUUAUAUACCAAAAGUUUAUAUAUUAGGAAAAAACAAAUAUUCGAUUUAA